GCGCUGUCAAAUGCGACAGAAUCGAAGAGUUUCGCUUAACUGAUGCCACCAUGCAUCAAAGUGGGAAGUACUCACCGACUCGCUACAUUGCGGUCGUUUCGCCGUUAGCGGUGGCGCUCUUUCAUACAUCAGCUGUUACGCAUGUGGCUAAAGAGUCUAACCAAAUUCCCGAGAAGGCAUUAGCGAAUAUUAAGAUGCGUAACUCCAAAGUGCGGGCUGUGAAGGCUAUUAGAAAACAUGACCCGCCGCCGAGUCCAACGAUGGAGAACGGACACAAGGCACCGGUGCCUGUGCCAAACCCCGAAGACAACCCAGGUGCUGCGCCUCGACCCAGAAAACGGAGUUUUAGACCCCCAGAUGUAAGGACUAUCUUUGAACCCAUCGAAAAGGACCCCCGUGUGAAGGAGGAGAAAGGAGAAGGACACACGUUCUGUCCGGACGCCUCACCUGCGUGGUGCGACGUCUGUUGUCACACUAUCUUCCAGGAUCGCUUGACGUGUACAGGCUGUAAGUACUCGUGUCAUGCAGAGUGUCGGGACCGGGUGUCUCUGGACUGCAAUCAGAAUGGACCCGCCCCCGACAGGCCUCACAGUCCUCUGUCUCAGGACCACUUCAAUAACAACCAGGAUACACAUGCCGAUGUUGAGAAGUCGAGGUUGCGGACACACUUCAGCCGGGAGGAGAUCCAGAAUAAGAUCCAGCUCUACAACACCGCAUCCCAAGACCACCUCAAAAUGACCCUGCACUCCAGCGGUCUCUACACCGGCUUCAUCAAGGUGCAGCUGGAGCUGAGGAGGCCGAUCACGGUGCGAGGUGGCGGGGGGGCAGCGGGACCCGGGGAGUCGGGCGGGCGGAUGGAGGAGGAGAGGUUUCUACCCCGCAGCUCGGUCAACACGCUCCACGUCAGCAGCACCAACACGGUGCGGCAGGUCAUCGAGGCGCUGCUCAACAAGUUCACCGUGGCCGACAACCCGGCCAAGUUUGCCCUCUACAAGCGCUGCAAGAGAGAAGAGCAAGUGUACAUCUGUAAGCUGUCAGAGGACGAGCAGCCAUUGUUCCUGCGGUUGCUGGCGGGUCCCAACACAGACACCCUGAGCUUCGUCCUGCGAGAGCAACAGACUGGAGAGGUCAUGUGGGACGCUUUCUCCAUCCCUGAGCUGCACAACUUCCUGCGCAUCCUGGACAAGGAGGAGCAGGACCAGUUGCGGGUCAUCACGCACCGCUACGACACCUACAAGCAGAAACUGGAAGAGGCGCUCAAGGCUGUGGGGCCCGGCUAAAUAGCCCCCCACCACCACAGAGACAGAGAGAGGGAUGGGGAGAGAAGGAGGAAUAAGUAAAGAGACUGAUGAAUAGAGAGAGAAAUAGAGUGAGAGAGAGACUGACGUUAGAAGAGGAGAUGUUUUGGAGAGACACACUGUCAUGGGGUGACACACACACAGAUGGAUCAGCAUGUGUGUUUUCUGAAGUCGUUUUCCUCACAUGGAUUGGACUGAUGAUUUAACGCUGGAGAGAAGAGUCGUCGUGGAUACUCACUGCGGGCCUCACCGUCACUCGGAACUCCAAUGCACCAUGGGAACUUGAAGAGGUCUCCUAGUAGAUAUGGCAUGCUUUCCCAGAAUGCAUCAGUGGUGCCAUAUUCACUUGUUUCUUCUCUCGCACUGUUCCGGCUCUUCUCUGCCUGUCACUCUCUCCAGUAUUUUAUUUUAUUAUGUUUUAUGUUUUCUUUUUUAAGUUACCUCUUAAAACUUGUGAAUGAGAA